GGGGAGGAACAUCUGUGGUGACAACAACGGCGGCUGCUCUCACCUGUGUUUACGGAAUCCCCAAGGGUACUCGUGCACCUGUCCUACUGGCCUUACAAUUAUGAAGGACAACCGCCAGUGUAACGAGGAGCCCAAUAACUAUCUCAUCUUCGCGGCCAAAGGUAUGCUGGGCCGCAUCUCCCUGGACACUAAGCCCUUAUGGGACGUGCCCCUCGGCGUCUCAGCCACCAGCCGGCCUAUCGACGUCGACUUCCACAGAAAAAAGGAUCUACUCUUCUACACCGACGCUGACCAGGACCUUAUUAGGGUUGUGUCUCUGAAGAACUUGUCGAUGCCGUGGGCGCUCACCACCUCGAAUUACGUGACCCCCGACGGCCUGGCUGUGGACUGGCUGGCUGACAACAUCUACUGGACAGAUGCUGGACGAAAAGCAGUGGAGGUCGCCAGGCUGGACGGUACCUGUCAGAAGGUCAUCAUUAAAACAUUGCUGAUGGAACCCAGAGCCAUCGCGGUCUUCCCGAGUGAGGGACUUUUAUUCUGGACGGACUGGGGCAACAUGUCCAAAAUCGAGAGGUCCUACCUAGACGGGACUGAACGGAAGGUGCUACUGGACGUGGACAUCGGCUGGCCCAACGGUCUCACCAUCGACUACAAGAUGAGGCGAAUCUUUUGGAACGACGCCAAGGGUGACACCAUCGGCUCGUCGGACCUGGAUGGGGAGAACCGUGUGAUGUUGGUGCAGCAGGUUCCUCACCCCUUCGGCCUGACGCUGCUGGGUAACCACAUCUACUGGACCGAUUGGCAGACACUGACCAUCGAGCGAGCUGACAAGACCACUGGUAACAACAGGAAGGUCAUCAGGAGUGGGAUAGCUGGCAUCAUGGAGAUAAAGGCCGUCACUCGGGCGUCUCAGCGGGGUUGGAACCAGUGUGCGGACAGGAAUGGAGGCUGUUCACACCUCUGCCUCUACCACCCGACUGGCCGACGCUGUGCCUGUCCCGACACCCACGACUCGAGGAUCUGCUCGGAACGUCCAAUGUUCAAAACUAAUGAAACCAAUGCCGCUGGCCCUCCCACCAGAACCCCGGAGACGUCCUGAUAGUGAGAUGGAACGUAAUGGUAGUAGGGGUGCUGACGAGGCUCCUGGACUGAUCCCACUACUGGCUGUGCUGGCGUUGGUGCUCCUUGUGUCCGUGCUGGCGAUGAUGGCCGUCGUGGGCUGGUGGAAGUACAAAGCAGACUAAGAUGGUGGAGGGGCCUAAGGGUGGCGCUCUCACCACCACCAACCCCACCUACAGCGCCUCGAACUCUGAUGUCAACACGGACCGCAAACCUUUCACCUGGCGACGACUUCACCACGACGCGAACCAU